ACAUCAAGUAGAUCUCCCGUUGUUUUUAAUCUUCGUUCCCUCUGUUCAUUUUCUUUUUUACCAUUCUAUACUUUAAUCCAGUGAAAAAAUUAAAAUAUUAAUUAAACAUUCUUGUAUGUAUAACAAGCUUCAUCUGUUAUUAAAAUUACAAGUUAAAAGUUAUGUUUUAAGACAUUUCCGAAAUCAAACUUUUUGGCCUUUGAACUUUCACUUUAUUCGAUUGCUUAACGACAAACAAUUUUAUACUCGUAAUAAAUCUAAUAUUGCCAUAAUGAGUCGCGAGCAGUUUUAUUUCUUACCGGAAGGAGCACCACCUACAUUUUCUCGUGAUGAGAUGCUGGAGAAACUUCCAUUACCGAAAUUGGAGGAUUCACUCAAGAGAUAUUACAGAAAUCUUUUGCCGUUUGGUUCAGAUGAAGAAUUAGCCAAGUCUCGAAAAAUCAUUGAAGAUUUUAAAAACGGAGAUGGGAAAAAGCUCCAAAAAAUGUUGGAAGAUAAAGCGGCGAAAGAACGAAACUGGGUUGAACGUUGGUGGGAAGACUUGGCAUAUCAUUCUGUGAAUUUUCCUUUAAUGCCUUACCAAAACAUGGCAAUGCCAUUGAUAGUGUCAUCUGUUGGCAUUGAGGAAACUCCUGAGAACCGAUUGAAGACGCUAGCACGAGGCUUAUACUAUUCGGCUAUUUUCUGGGAACUGAUUCGUUCUGAAAGAAUGCGACCACCAACAAAUCCCGAUGGAUCAAUCACUUUUUCAGCAAACUUAUACAAGAGAUUAUACAAUACCUGUCGUGUACCAGGUGAAAUUAAAGAUGAGAUUCAUGAACAUUUUAAAGUUGCUGCUGAAGGCGAUUGUCCGAAAACUUGUCUCGUGAUUGGGCGUGGAAGAGUUUUCUAUUUUGAAUUUAUUAUCGAUGGUCAAAUUAUGAGUCCUCAAGAAAUUUUAAACAUUAUAAUGCUUGCUCAUGAUCAAAUUGUUAACAGCACGUCAGUUCCACCAGGCAUUCCUAUUCUAACUUCAGAUUAUCGUACAAAUUGGGCUAAAAAUCGUAAGCAUCUUAUCGAAUUAUCUCCAAGCAAUAAAAAGUUGUUGGAGAUUAUUGAGUCAGCUGCAUUUACUUUGUCACUGGAUGACAACGAACCAAUUGAUUACUCUGAACUUGCACAAAAGACGCUUCAAGGUGAUUUUCAUUCACGAUGGAAUGAUAAAUCAUCGAAUAUGAUUUCAUUUCGUAAUGGAAAAGUUGGACUAGUUGGAGAACAUUCAGCUUACGAUGGAACAAUAAGUAUCGCAUUUUCAACAUUCCUUUUAAUGAGUAUGAUGGAAGAUUCCGAACCAGACUGGAAUGAACUUCCAAAACAUCGAAUAAUUCCUCAAGAAAUUAAAUUCCAAAUCGAUGAUCAUUUGAAACAAGAAAUCAAACGAAUGGAAGAACAUGCAGCUGGUGUGAAUAAUUCAGUGAUUGUUCAAUGUCAACAGUUUACUGGAUAUGGCAAAGCUUUUAUGAAGCAACAGAAAAUUCAUCCUGAUUCGUUCGUUCAAAUGGGAUUGCAAUUGGCUUAUUACAACUUACAUAAUUCGGUUGCCCCAACUUAUGAAACUGGAACGAUGAGAGUUUAUUAUCAUGGACGUACUGAAACUGUUCGAAGUUGUUCGAUUGAAGUUAAAGAAUGGCUUGAGAAAAUGGGCAAUAAGCGAGUGAAAAACACUGAAAAGAUAAAAUAUUUUAAAAAUGCAGCUAACGCUCAUCAUCAGUUGAUGAGUGACGCAAGAAAAGGCAACGGAUUUGAUCGACAUUUCUUUGGUCUUUGGUGUCUUGCCCAUGAAAAUCAAUUGCCUAUUCCUGAGUUUUAUGAAGAUCCUCUUUAUGCUAAAAGCGGGGGUGGUGGAAAUUUCAUACUUUCAACAUCGACUUUAGGAUAUUCGAUUAGUGUGGGAUUCGUCGCUCCAAUGGUUUUGGACGGUUAUGGAAUUUUCUAUUCCAUGCUUGAUGAUUGUGUUUGGAUUAUUAUAACUUCAUAUCGAGAUAGUGAAAUUACUUCAAGUAAAAAGUUUUAUAACUCAUUUGCCAAUGCAAUGCAUGAAAUUCGUGACGUUCUUGAAUCACCAGAUGGUGGGAAAUUAUAAUUAUUAUUCAUUUAUUAAACAAAAAUUGAUUAUUUUAUCUUUUAUUGAUUUUUAAAAUUAAAAGAAAUUUAUGGUGUGAGAUUUUACAUUAAAAUUGUUAUUUGUUUAUUUCAGAUGUUUUAAGAAAACAAUAAAUGGAAAUAGGUAUUAGUAAAAUUGAUGAAUAUGA